ACUAAGCUGGCGGCGGCUUUGCAGUGCCUUACAGGCGCACAUGGUCCCUCCCUGACCGCUCUUGGACUGGAAAGGGGUGGGGACGGCAGGGUGGCAGGUGCACAGGAGACCAGGGGUGCCCAGUGGUCCCGACCUGCUGCCGAAUGUCUGUCCCCGAGGAGGAGGAGACGCUGCUGCCGCUCACGCAGAGAUGGCCCCGGACGAGCAAGUUCCUACUGUCCGGCUGCGCCGCAACCGUGGCCGAGCUAGCAACCUUUCCCCUCGAUCUCACAAAAACACGACUCCAGAUGCAAGGAGAAGCUGCCCUUGCUAGGUUGGGAGAUGGUGCAACCGAAUCUGCCCCUUAUAGGGGCAUGGUACGCACGGCCCUGGGAAUUGUCCAGGAAGAAGGCUUCCUAAAGUUGUGGCAAGGAGUGACGCCUGCCAUUUACAGACACGUAGUGUAUUCAGGAGGCCGGAUGGUCACCUAUGAGCAUCUCCGGGAGGUUGUGUUUGGCAAAAGUGAAGAUAAACAUUAUCCCCUCUGGAAAUCGGUCAUUGGAGGGAUGAUGGCUGGUGUCAUUGGGCAGUUUCUAGCCAACCCCACCGACCUGGUGAAAGUUCAGAUGCAAAUGGAGGGAAAACGGAAGCUGGAAGGGAAGCCCUUGAGAUUUCGUGGAGUGCACCACGCGUUUGCAAAAAUCUUAGCUGAAGGAGGAAUACGCGGGCUGUGGGCAGGCUGGGUACCCAACAUUCAAAGAGCUGCGCUUGUGAACAUGGGAGACUUAACCACCUAUGAUACAGUAAAGCACUACCUGGUGUUGAACACACCGCUUGAGGAGAACAUCGCCACUCAUGGUUUGUCCAGUUUGUGUUCUGGACUCGUAGCUUCUAUUCUGGGAACACCAGCUGAUGUCAUUAAAAGCCGAAUAAUGAACCAACCCCGAGACAAGCAAGGAAGGGGACUUCUGUAUAAGUCAUCAACUGACUGCUUGAUCCAGGCUGUCCAGGGGGAAGGCUUCCUGAGCCUGUAUAAAGGCUUCCUGCCAUCCUGGCUGAGAAUGACCCCUUGGUCAAUGGUGUUCUGGCUCACUUAUGAAAAAAUCAGAGAGAUGAGUGGAGUCAGUCCAUUUUAAGCCCUUAAAGCCAGAGUGCUCGUUGUUACUGAACAAGGGCGUCUGCAGCCCACGCUCCCUAUUAUUUCUACCUCUUUAGGAAGAUACUUUACUCCACAGAGACUGCAAUUUACAAGGGGCAGCACUUUCUAUUUCUAUGAAAACCAAGUUCUCUCUGACUCCACUCUUUUUCUAAGAGUGAUGUGUCUGGUCCCAAUCUCUCAAGACCAACCACUGAGACCCAGUGUGGUGUUUCCUAAAGAAUGGAACCUGGACCACUUUGACCUUGGACCAGAAGGUUUAGACUUUGAGCUGCUGAUCCCUGCAAAAACAUCUGCCUAGAGGAGUGCCAGAGGGAGCCAGCCCCUCAGACCUGGAUAGACUUCAGCGACGUGGAAGACUGUAGUGCUUAGGAAACAUAUAUAUCCACAGUGUGCGCCAGUAUUCAUUGUUGCAGUGUGACAACUCACUCUUCUGUUAUUAGACUGCACAUAUUGUAAACUACAGGGAGGCAAGUGAACGUUCAAAAGUAAACAUUUUGAGUUUCCCUAGUGCUGAAAGAAGUUGCUUUACAGCUUCUGGCAAGGAAGGCAACUGGAAGUGAUGGAUUACAAGGACAGCAGCCCCCUGCUGUCAGGGCCCCACCUUUACAGAUGUGCUCACUGGUUGCCACUCCUCCAUGCACACUAGAACCUAGUAACUUACCCUGACAGCCACAGACUGUCUCAGUGAGAGCAGAACCUUCUUGCGCCGUGUGUAGCAUACCCCAUUAUAACCUACAUUUGUCAGUAGCUCUGAGAAUCGUACCAAAUGGAAACACAGCAUAUUUGACUGAGAUUCAGCUCUCAGGGUCAUGUUAGGAAGCACCUUGUCAUGUCAUCAGCUCUUCCUGGGUGGUUUUGGAGCAAGACCAGCAUGAAGCCAGCUCAUUCUGAUGUAUCUCCUUCUGUCCCUGUCCCCUCUGUCACAGAGAGCAGAGGACAGAGAGAGAACUCAGAUGCCAUUCUAGAACCUUCAGAAGCCUAAGUAUUAGUCAUUGAAUUUUACUCAUACUCGCAUAAAACGUGAUGAGUGUACACCAUCUGUGGUUCAUGACAGUCUCUCUGGUCUUUGCAUCUAGUUAGUCCCUUUUCUUGUUUUCAAAGGGUUUCUCCAGAGUCACCUGCCCAAACCUGCUUCCCCAGCCACAGACACAGGGAAUCUCUGGAUGGAUGGGCUACAGCUAGGGGUAAAGGCUGGAGAUGUUACUAGGAAAACUACGACCACUCAGGCCCAAGGUAGACCUCAGAGCCAACCACAUAGAUGUCCUGAUGGACAUAGAUGCUGGCUUGCAGCGUGACUGUGUGGAUGGAUAAUCACUGCCAUUUUAAAGGAGGAAGCACACUUUUAAAGAUCUUUCAAUGUGUGUAGCUGUCUCAUUUUUCUACUUGCAGAAGGUAGAAUUCGAUCUCGUUACGUCUUCAGGUUGCUACCUUUCCAUUGCGUUUGUCAGUCUGUAAUUGAGUUGCUAAAUAUAUAUAGUCUAUAUUACACUAUAUUAUAUGCUUAAGUCUCUAAGUAUUCUGCUCCACAAACUGAAUCACUUUGGGGAAGUUUUGGUUUUCCUAUGUUUUGUAAUGUUUAUGACUAAGUAAAAGAUGGAAUUAAAUAAUUAUAUGCAAACUGGA